AUGCGGCCCUUCCAGAUGCGGCCUCCGGUCGCUGACGGUGCCCGGCGACUGCUGCCCGCCGACUCGAUCAUGCGCUUGAUGAAUACCGUCGCGGCGAAGUACCCAGGUGGCGUCGUGCUCGACGUGCUGGAGCAGUGCAUGCGGUCGCUGGUGCCGAAGCGGCGGUGGGCGGAGCAGCGGCACCACAUGGCGUGCAUUGCGCUCUUCCUGCACCUCGCGCUGGAGGCGCACAUCCCGCUGUACCCCGCGCACGACUGGGGCGAGGACCACCUGCUUGGCAACAAUAACAAUGACGUCGCCGAUACGUCGAAAGGGGCAGUGGGCAACGCAUCGUUUCGUGGCUCGGAGGAUAGCGGCACCGAUGCUGGCGCAUCGUCUGCAUCUCAUCGAAAAGACUGUCUUCGUCCGCUUGAGAUGACAGCUCCAAUGAUGUCUGCAAGCGACGCGGACUUUAGCGACGCGUCAAUCAGCCUGGCCUCACCAACUGGAGUGCAUCCCUUCGCGACACGCUUCACGGAGUUCACGACGCAGAACAAUAGAAUGCUGGCAUAUCGUAACGAGCUUAUCCGAUUUGUUUUGCAGCAGUUGUUGAACAUGGAGCUCUCGCUACAAAGCAGCGAUGGUGCACCACUGCAGGAUUUGGCUUCCUCAUCCACUUCACUUGGCUGCUGCGGCAACACCACGGAUUCUAUUCGCGUGCUGGCGGGUCCUUCAUUCGGGCGUGUGAAGGAGCAAUCACUGGAGAAGCCCUUUGUGGAGAUUCUCCGAAACAGCACGAGUCUCGUUUUUCACAGGCUGGCGGAGGAUCUUAUGCGGCAGCAAACGGCUGGUGUUUGCGGAAAUGCGGAGUGGUGGCGUGAGCUGCUUGCAUUUCACCUCACCUCAGUACUCAAGAUGGAGUGCCCCAUCUGUCUGCUCUACUUGGCCCCAAGCCUUGCGCUGUUGGGUGGCGAGGAGGAGGCCAUCGACAUGAUGCACAAGCUCGUCUCAGUGGUAACAAAGGGUUACCAGCCGGUGCAGCAGAACACAUGGCGUGCUGCAGCUGCGGGACCGGCACGCGUGCGGAUGGCGCCACCGUCUGUGGGACCUCUGAUGAUUCCCAUGGCACACCGCGUGCGUGCUGCUGCCUACCUCUAUCCGCUCUUCCACUUCCUGCGUGAGCGCCUCGGUAAUGGCGAGGGGACACGCAAGCGUCUUCUGAAGUGGGUGGUCCAGGAGCUGAGGAACACCACCUUGUCAUCUUCACACUCACUGUCAUCCCCUAGUCUGUUGGUGCAGGUUCUCUUUGCACAGUGUGCGGCGAUGUCGCAGCUCCUUGGCGCAGACUUUAUUGAAGAGAUAAAGUCCCACGCACCGGACUCCAAGUUGCUAAAGUCGCUGAUGGAUAAAUAUCUCCUCCCCCAGGGCGUCGAACGACGAAUGGCUGAUGAAGGCGGUGAGGGGCCACCAAGUGCCGGUGAUCCUGUUUCUUGUAGCCAGCAGCUUGAUCUCGCACAGAUGGAGGCGGACGGACUGCUGCACACGCAACUGAUGGGCAGCUGCCCGUGGGACUGGCGUCGGUGCCAAGGCGGGAGGGAUGCUGACCGAUAA